CUGUCUCCGGCUAUAAAGGCCGCUCCUCCCGCCUCCUCCCUCCUUCUCCUUCCUCCUCCGGCGGCUCCUCCACUGUCAAGAUGGGCUUCGGUGACCUGAAAUCCGCCUCCGGCCUCAAAGUGCUGAAUGACUUCAUGUCGGACCGCAGCUACAUAGAGGGGUACGUUCCCUCUCAGGCUGACGUGGCAGUCUUCGAGGUGCUCUCAGCUCCGCCCCCUGCUGACCUGUGCCACGCCCUCCGCUGGUUCAACCAUAUCAAGUCCUACCAGAACCAGAAGAACAGUCUGCCAGGUGUGAAGAAGCCUCUGGGUCAGUACGGCCCAGCAGGUGUGGCCGACACCACCUCAGGCUCCGCCCCCACAGCAGACGACGACGAUGAUGACGACGACAUCGACCUGUUUGGCUCUGACAACGAGGAAGACGCCGAGGCCGCCAGGCUGAAGGAGCAGCGUCUGGCCGAGUACGCCGCCAAGAAGGCCAAGAAGCCCGCCCUCAUCGCCAAAUCUUCGAUCCUAUUGGACGUGAAGCCGUGGGACGACGAGACGGACAUGGCCAAGCUGGAGGAGUGUGUUCGCAGUAUCCAGAUGGACGGCCUGGUCUGGGGGCAGUCCAAGCUGGUCCCGGUGGGCUAUGGCAUCAAGAAGCUGCAGAUUGGCUGCGUGGUGGAAGAUGACAAGGUGGGCACAGACAUCCUGGAGGAGCACAUCACAGCCUUCGAGGACUUCGUUCAGUCGAUGGAUGUGGCAGCUUUCAACAAGAUCUGAACACAAACGUUUAAUAAAAGCUCUGGAACACAAA